UGUUUUACGGACCGCAUGGCUCUUCGGUUUGCACACGAUGCCUCGCGGUGCCAACGUGUACUAUUCGCUAAGAGGGUUAUAAAUUGACCACAGUCGCCUCAACAACUACAGCUCAUGGAUUCUGUUUCGAGCCACUCAAGCACAACUAGCAGCACCCGUGUCUACGUCUCUAUCAAAGACAUCGUUCUUGUGUAUGUCAACACUGACGUUGAAUCAAAGGCUGAUGAUGCUACCAUUUUGGCAUUGGUGAAAGCGUAUCAGAAUGCUGGCGGAGACGCUGUGCGCAUCCUUCGGAAAUCAACUGCUAGUGAUUCUGUUGUCCGCACGGGUUCUCGGCGGAAUUUUAAGAGCCGAGUAAAAUUCUGGCUUCCUAAACGGAGGUUCAGCCAGCCGAUAACUCAACCACCCCUGAAACUCAAGAUUUGCUUCCAAAAUUAUUUCGCCCACAUCAUCAUCUCACCAUCGAAUUCAGGAAAACAUCGGUGGGACAUUAUCCUCAGUGGGAGGUUACCUGAGCAGCGUAUCAAUGACAUCCCGAGCGCCAAGAUCAGCCGUUUCGUGUUUGAGCUUGUGAUAUCCAUUUUACAAAGCCUAUAAUCCCCACAAUUUGACUUAUGUGGUGUUAACAAAAGAACUCAGUUAUUCGAUCACUCUGGAAUUAAUUUGUGCAAGGGGCCAGGAUUGUUGCAUUGGAUCCUGCGAACGGGGGCGGCAUAAAUCUUCAUUUUUGGUGACUGGUAAAAAUACAUGAGCAAAGGAACGUUGGCGAUUGGCGCGCAGCACGGAAAUCGCUCCGACACAAUAAAGGGAUUCGUUGGUCAUCA